CAGUGUUGUCAAAAUCUUUGUUUUGUCAUACUUAAUGUGUGUACAUCAAAACGUGUUGAACACGUCUCGUUUUUAUCACGAUGUAAGGACCAUGCAUACAGCGUUUUGAAGCUGCUACGUAACAAUGCUUCACCCAAUUCUAACCUAACAACAAACAAAACACAUAAAAGACGCAUGUAAUUGCUGUCUCUUUGACCGUUUGCUUUUGAGACAAGAAAAGCUAGCAAGAAGAUGAAGAACAGUCUGCUUGUCUUAAUCUGCAUGAUCUUGGCUAUAGGAACAUGUGGAGGUCCUUUGCUAACUCGUCUCUACUACAACAACGGCGGAGAACGAAUAUGGUUCAUGAGCUUUAUCUCAACCGCAGGAUGCCCAGUCAUCUUCAUCCCUCUCGUUCUCUCCUUCCUCCGCCGCAGAAACCGCAAUAACUCUGAAAAUAUAGAAAAAACAGAGAUUGUCCUCAUGGAAACUCCAAUGUUCAUGGCCUCUAUCGUCAUAGGGUUGCUCAUAGGACUUGACAACUACUGUUUCGCAUAUGGAUUAGCUUAUCUGCCAGUUUCCACAACAUCACUCAUCGUCGGGACACAGUUAGGGUUCAAUGCUAUCUUCUCUUUCUUCAUGGUCAAGCAAACGUUCACUCCUUUUUCUAUAAACGCCGUCGUUUUGUUAACGGCCGGCACGGGAAUCCUGGCCUUACGUGGCGGCGACGGAGAGAGGUCGGCUGACGUGAGCCACAAGGAGUAUGUGGUUGGGUUCUUGGUGACUCUCACUGCAGCUGUUCUUUACGCUUUUAUAUUACCGUUCGUUGAGCUUACUUACAAGAAAGUUCGACAACAAAUCACUUUCACACUUGUGUUAGAGAUGCAGUUGGUCAUGUGCAUCGCUGCUUCUUGCUUCUGUAUCGUUGGGAUGCUUGUAGAAGGCGACUUCAAGGUUAUACCAAUAGAAGCAAGAGAGUUCAAGGUAGGAGGAGGAUCUGCGUUUUACUACAUGUUGAUUUUGAUGACAGGGAUAGUAUAUCAAGGGUUGUUCUUAGGAGCCAUAGGGGUUGUGUUCUGUGCGUCUUCUCUAGCUUCUGGUGUUCUCAUAAGUGCUCUUCUUCCGGUGACGGAAGUUUUGGCCGUCGUGUGUUUCCGAGAGAAGUUUCAGGUAGAGAAAGGUGUUGCUCUCCUUCUCUCUUUGUGGGGCUUCGUUUCUUACUUCUACGGCGAGUUUAAAUCCGGUAAGAGAAUUAUCAAUAAGACUCAGUUGCAGGAGACAGAACUGCCUCCACUUCCAGUUAGUGUCUCCGCUGUUGCUUGAAGGUCGUUUACGUUUUUAUUGUGUAUGAUUAAACCAAUAGUUGUACAAGUAAGUGUAAAUGUAAAAAAUAUUUGAUAUGUAAAAUAAAUCAAUUACAUAAAGCUUCUUUUCGUUUUUUGAAAAAAAUGUUGAAUUUAUUUUUAAAAAAUGCUUUUGUACAUCAUGUGUAACAUGUUACAUACAUAAAGCUUCAUUACUCACAGAAACCAGAACCAUUGUUUCGAAGAAUCAAGAAGACAAGAAUGGCUAGGGCUCUUGUGAUCAUAAACUGCCAUAUGAAACUGUAGGGGUCCUAUCAUAAUGCGUUUACUUCAACCAUGGUGGCAACAUGAUUUGGUUCUCUACUUUCCAAUUAUCUCUUUUCCUCUCUUCUUCUCUUUACCUUAACCGGCAGGUCCGGCACAUAAGUAACAAUGGAAGCGAGAAUACACCUUGAAAAAAAAAAUGUUGCGGAGACAUGAUUUAAAUCCGUGACCUGACCUCAAGGUUAUGAGCCUUGCGAGCUACCAAACUGCUCUACCCCGCGAUGAAACAAAAAAACUUGGACUAAACUCUAAUAAACAAAGACGAAUUGAAUGCGCCCCUAUUCCAUAUCUGUACAAAUAGAAUAGCCUAUUCAGACAGAAUGGUAAUUCCUAGCUGGCCCAAUACUGGUCGCAUUCACUUAUGUAUUACGUGAAAAGAAAAUUCUGCAUAAGGUCUGUUACGUGUGACUAUAUAAGAAGACGCCAACCUGUUUCAAGAGAUCAUCCGAAAGAAACCCUAAACACAAGAACAGAAGAGAAAUUAAGAGAGAGAGAUCAAGAGCAGAAGAAACCAAGGAAAAGAAACAUCGUUCGAGUCAUGUCUCUAAGGGAUAAAAUUUCUUUGUUGGUGUCAUGUUUUAUACGAGGAGAGCGCUUAGAGCGUUUGUGUAAACCCCUUUGAUUGAUAGUGGAAGUUGUAGGAGACGGUUCUCACCCGAGAUGUACCGGUUCGAGACUUCGGUGAUCAAAUUCUAUGUGUUAUUUAGUUAAGCAAUCAAACGAUCGAAAAUUCCUAACAUUUCGCAUUAGACAAGAAAUAGCGUAUUUAGUGUCUAAAUGGUUUGGAGAUCUAAACGUGGUCUCUUUAUCAGGAUUUGAGGUCAUCUAGAAGGGAUCUCUUCUGAAGAGAAGAUGUUGUCUAAGGCGAUCUACGGUGAUGAUUUAUGGUGAAGAUCUCUAAGUGUGGAUGAUCGUUUUUGUGAAGGUGCGUUUCUAGACGAUUGAGUACAAUCUCCAACACCUGUGUUUUAAUUAUGGUGGUUAUUCAGAUAGGAAUUCUAUCUGGCUUUGAUAACUACAUGCAUGCAUAUAGCUUAUCUCCUAGUUUCGUAUCACAGUUAGCUUUCGUAGCUAUCUUCUCAUAUUUCAUGGUUAACCACAAGUUCACUCUUUUGACCAUCAAUGCUGUUUUUGUUGAUUGUUUGAGCUGCUGUAUUGAGAAUGCUUACAAAAACUGAUAAGCGCCGGUUCAUGGGACUGGCAAGCAAUAUAUCAUCACUAAAGACUAUUCACUUUUAGGAGUUUUUUGUUUUACAAUUUUGAACAAAAGCACAAACAUAAUGAAUCAUGAAGAAUUAGAACUCGAUCCAGAUUCAAAGUAUCUAUACUCUUAAGUACCUUUACAAGAAUUUUUGCGCGCUAUGACUUCCCUUCCAAUAUUAGUAAAGGCAGAAGAGCAGAUAUUUGAAAAUUCUAUGGGCACUCACCACAAGAAUCGUAUUGUUUCAUAAUAAAUAAUUGUCAAUGAAAGGGAACAUAACAAAAGAAAAUAGGAAGAACAUUGAGCUAGUGAAUGCACUACUGCUUUAAAAAGACACGAAACUCUCUAUGUGAUUUGGGAAAAAAUCUUUAACGUACAAAGACUUAGCAAUUCCAAAACAUUUUCUAAUCUCGCC